AACUACAGAUCCCACGAGCCUCGGACUUCCGGUUUCCGGUUUGACAGAACAGACAAGAUGGCGGCGCCCACGAAGGAAAACGCGAGCAGCGCCUGUGUGAUUCCGGGAGGAUUUACAGUGUUGUCCAUGAAGUUUUCCUCCAGCAGUUCAGCGCAGCACCAGCUGUGUGUGAAGGAGCACAGAGUGAGGGCGGAAUCCAGCACAGAGAGACCAACAGACAGGACGCUGUUCGUCCUCAACGUCCCGCCGUACUGCUCACAGAGCGUGGUAAAGGACUUGUUCUCCCAGUUUGGUCCAGUUCAUCAUGUGGAACUGACUGAGAAACCAGGAGCAGCUCAAGAGCAACAACUCAACCUCUCUAGAUAUUUCACACCCUUACAGAAACAGAGCUUUAAGGUGGCCUACGUGGUGUUCAAACACUCCUCAGGUGUAGCAGCAGCUAAAGCACAUCCGUAUGAUUCUCCACUCAUCGUCUCCACUGAGGAGAAACCGGUUAAGACUGGCCUGAAGAAGUGGAUCUGUGAAUACAAACAGUCAUUCAUCAAGCCAGAACUUCUGCAGGAGGCUGUUGAUGACUUCAUGAGCCAGUACGACAAGAAGAAAGAGGAGGAGGCGGAGCUUCAGAAGAAAGAGGCGGAGGAACAGCAGGAGGACGAGGAGGGGUGGGUCAAAGUGACCAAGGGGGGCAAAGGUGUUAAGUCCCGCCCACACAGCGAGACAGCCAAUCAGAGAGCACUUCAGAAAGAACACAGCAAGAGAAAGAGGAAAGAGCUGCUGAACUUCUACUCCUGGCAACAUCGCAACUCCAAGAGGGAACACAUUGCUGAACUGAGGAGGAAGUUCGAGGAGGAUAAACAGCGCAUCGCUUUACUCCGGGCGCAGAGAAAGUUCAGACCCUACUGAAAUACAAAAUCACACAUUUACAUACGCACAUACACACACACACACACACACACACACAUUUUAUAUAUAAUAAAUAUUCAUAGAAAAACCUUU